AUGCUGGGGUUCAAGCUUAUUGUUGCGUGGCUUGGGAUUGGAAUUGUGAUGUUCGGGACAAUCAGUGGAAGCCCCAUUCCGCUUUCGAAACACAAGGAAGCAUCCAUCCACCGUCUGGACGGGAGGAGGCCUGGAAAGCCAGAUCCCAUGGUACGAUGUCGGGUGUACCGAUGGAGCCGGAGUCGGCUGUACCGUAGUCACCGGAGAUCAAUAUGA